GGGAGAGCGGAUAUAGUGAAUGCAGGGUCCGGGGAGACCAGAUAUAGUGAAUGCAGGGUCCGGGGAGACCAGAUAUAGUGAAUGCAGGGUCUGGGGAGACCAGAUAUAGGAAUGCAGGGUCCGGGGAGAGCGGAUAUAGUGAAUGCAGGGGUCCGGGGAGACCGGAUAUAGUGAAUGCAGGGUCCGGGGAGAGCGGAUAUAGUGAAUGCAGGGGUCUGGGGAGACCAGAUAUAGGGAAUGCAGGGUCCGGGGAGAGUGGAUAUAGCGAAUGCAGGGUCCGGGGAGAGUGGAUAUAGUGAAUGCAGGGUCCGGGGAGACCAGAUAUAGUGAAUGUAGGGUCUGGGGAGACCAGAUAUAGGGAAUGCAGGGUCCGGGGAGA